GGUACAAAAGAAGUGCAUCGCCAAAAGGAAAUUCCCUCUCCUUCAAGAGAGCCAGGGAAAUCGCCCACACUGAGGAGGCGACACGGCUACAAAUGAACGACAUGAGCAACCCCCAGAAUCAGAGAGAGGUAAACUCCACCCAGAACAACAACAAAGCUAGAAAGCAACGAAAAGUGGCAGAAACCAGCACUAAUGAAAAUAGCCCAAGCGGAAUUGAAAGCAUCUUCCAGCUAGAAAACCGCAACCGCGUAACGACGGAAUUGCAGUUAACUUCCAAACCACACCACAAAAAUACCAUCCCUAUUGUAUGUAGAAUUGAUACUGGCGCAGAACCCAACGUCAUUGCAAAGAAGGACAUUGAGUGCCUUUUCCCGAAAAAAAAAGGACAGCUGGAGAAACCUGGCUGCAAAAUCAUGUCCUACGGUGGACAUGAAAUCUCGAACCUGGGGCAGUGUCAAUUGUAUGUGCACCACAAGGGUCAAGUUAAAGAAAUAACAUUCAAUGUUACUGAAGUAUCAGGUCCUGCCAUAAUUGGCUGCAAGACAUGUGAUGAUCUCGAGCUAGUGAAGUACAACCUUAACCUUGACAAAGCCCCCAAGGCCCAAUCCCAUAGUCAACAUGACAACAUGCACACCCCACUCACUAAGGGAAAAUUAGUGAACAGCUACAAAGAUCGUUUUGAGGGACGAGGAGGCAAAGAGGGAGAUCAUCGGCUUUACACCACGACAACUUGUGGAUAAGAUUCGCACAGAGCGCAGAAAGAUUAAACGUGAUCUAGACAAGAAAAAAUUUGCUCGUCAUUAAGAACACUGACUUUUAGGCUGUCACCAUGCUGACAAGCCAUUUUGUUACAAUCAUGGCGUUGAUUUUAUGACUUAAAUGUAAGUUGUGUAUUCCAGCUUCUGUUUUCCAGAAAAGCCAUUUGUUGAUACCUCGUUUCAAGAAACAACAUUUCAAUUUGUUAAUCGAGCAAGCAAUAUUUCUUGUAUUAUUGUAUUUGUUUAUUUUAUGACUUGAACAACUCAUAUGUUAAGCCCCCUUUUCAAGGGCUUCGAUGCUUUAUUGUUAAGAAGAGACAACCUUGCAGAACUCAGAAUAAACAUAAUAGUUUAUCA